AUAGGUCUCUCUCCCCUAGGCAUGCGCCAUCUCCGUCAUCUUUGAAAAGGCACAAGGCUGUUCAACAUCGCAGAGCGCAAACUGCAGGCCUCCGACACCAUCAACUAAUCGCGCCUCUGACUCUGUGUGCAGCUGUUCAAGAUGGUCGAAAACGAGGUGACGGUUGCGCAAUCAUCCGCCCAAGCGGAAUCGCCCUUGGUUAAUCUUCAGAUCAUGUCGCCUUCGGUUGGUGUCGGCACCCUCAGCUUCUCCGGCGUCCCAGCAACGACUACAGUGCGCCAGUUGAAAGAGAAGAUCCGCGAAAUGCUGCCAUCGCGGCCAGCGGAUGAACACCAACGUUUGAUUCACAGGGGGAGGCUACUCGCGCGCGAAGCCGACACCCUACAAGACGUGUUUGGGUUGGAAAUGCUCCGCACUGGCGAUCACCAAACCCUCCAUUUGGUGCUGAGAGACACAGGUGCCGACAACUCCCCUGCACCAACACAAAGCCCCUCUCCAGCAGCACCUAUUCAUGCCCCCACGCAGCCAACGCCCACCCGCGACCAGAGCCCUGCGCCUAGAUUGCCUCCAACCCAUACCCAUCAGCAUCACCGAGCACACAAUCUCCGUAGCGGGACCCCAGGCUGGCCGAACCAGAUGCCAGGAUAUGCUGCUCCUCCUGGGUAUGCCGUUCCUCCUGGAUAUGCUGCCCCGCCUGGAAUGGCGCACGUGAUUCAGCAACACCAGCAAUACCAGCAACAGCACCAUCAGACCAUGGUUCAGUGGAUGAACCAGCUGCAACGCGAAUCUAACUACCGGAUCCAGAUUCUUGCUCAGCAACGGAGGGAAAGGGCGGCGAUGGGUUUCCCCGAUGCUCAGGACAACAACGCCCAAGGAAAUGCCGCCGACUACACCGGAGGGAGAAACAGCCCUGCUACAGUGCCAACAAUGCAAACAACUACACGCGAGCUUGUUAGUCCGAAUGGCCAACACUUUAGAGUGACGGUAAACGAAACCUUUGCCGGUCCCCAUAGCAACCAUUUUCAGGCCGUAAGCGGACCAACAUCCAAUCCUGCUGGGCGUGGACCCCUUUCUGCCUCAGAUGUUCAGAACAUCAUUCGCGGGGCAGACGCGACACAGGCUACGCAAAGCAUGACCGAUGCCAUGCACCGUAGUGCCUCGGGAGCCUCCUUGGCGAGUAUGGCUAGCCUGGCUAAUAUCAAUGGCCCGAUCCAGCCUAUCCAACCCGGGGUUACAACACCACUCUAUCCCAACAUUUCGAGGCAUGCGAGCAGGACCGCUACCCCCGACCCUUCGGUGAGAUCAAUAGGUCAUGGACCCGGCUUCAUGCCCGCUACCUUUACACAAAGCCAGAGCCAAGCGCACUCCCAGCCGUCCCAAGGCCAGCCAGAAGUAUAUAUCAUCUCAUCUCCGUCCGGCCCAAGGGGUCUUCUGAUCAACGGCCCCUCAGAGAUUUAUACAACACCCGCAUUACGUCUCCCAUAUCUUCCGGUGAGGGUAACGCCACCGGUCGUACAGCCCUGGCCCGCUCAGGUGCAGAUACAUCAGCCGCAACCCCAGCACCAGCACCAGCACCAGCACCAGCACCAGCACCAGCACCAACCCCAACACCAUCACCAUCCACAGCCCCAGCAGAAUCCUAUCCAAAGACCUUUGCAAGCACACGGCCAGAUGCAGCAGGCUCGAGAACAUCGCGCAGCUGUUCGCCUCCAACGAGGUCUGCCACCAGGAUUUCGACAGAUGCCGGCACAUCCUAACAACCCUGGCGCUGGGGCGCUAAUGGCGGCGGCGUGGCCUCACAUCUGGCUGAUCGUUAGGUUGGUUGUCUUUGUCUGGUGGUUUACGUCUAAUGACCCGAGCUGGUCUCGCUGGCUUACAAUGGUGGCCAUCGCCAUUGGCGUCUUCGUGCUGAACACGGGACUGCUCAACGGGAUGGUAAAUCAAGCAUGGGAGCCGUUUAGGCAGCAUCUAGAAGGAUUGAUUCCUUUGGCUGAUCCUAAUCGGCGGCCGGACCCUACAUCAGCGCCGGCCCCGGGUCCUCUUCGGGAUGGAGAUGGUGUGGCUGCAGUUCCAGCCACGACACCUCAUGCGGCAGAUCCGGACCCCGCCCAAGCAGCCGCCAGAUUAGUAGCUAACCAUAGACAUGCAAACACGAAUUGGCUAAUGGACCAGGUGCGGCGUGUUGAGAGGGCAGGCCUUUUGUUUCUAGCGAGCAUUGCGCCCGGUGUUGCGGAGCGCCAUAUAGCCAACCUCGAGGCCCAAGAACGCGCGGAACGAGAGCGGAGAGAGGCAGAGGAAGCUGCCGCCGCCGCCGCCGCCGCCGCCACUGCCGCUGCAGAGGCAACCGCCUCGCAGAACGGGCUACAAGAAGCCGGCACUGGUCAGGAAAACGAGCAAGAUCGAGGUAGAAUCCCAGAGGUCCGAAACAGGUUUCCAGAAGAACAGCCCUUGGUUCAGAUCUAGGCGCCUGUUGCUUUACGGUUGUCUUGAAACGCCUUUGUACAUCUUAUCUAUCUGCAGGCGGUUAUCGCAGGCUUGGUUUCGGAAAUUCUCCGUAUUACAGCGUUCUUUUUUCUCCUUUUCAAGACUGUAACUACUUGUACGAGCAUGGGAGUAUGAAGCUGGCUU